UGGCUCAGGGCAAGGCUUUUGAAUGCCUUGCCGGGCCCAGGAGGCCUACGGGACAUUUUAAGUGAGCCUCAUGGUAAAUGACGGGAAACUCACAGCUCAGCUACGGCGAUGGGUGCCAGUACUGGGAUGACAGGUAUUUGUCCAAAGGCAGUCCAGAUGAGUGGUUGCUGACCUGGCGCUGCAUUGCUCCAAUCUUUGAGAAAUAUUGUGGCCAGAGGAAGCGGUGGAGGAUAUUGCAUGCUGGCUGUGGCAAUAGCGCCCUCACAGACGAGAUGCACGAGGCGGGCUACGAAUGCAUCACCAGCAUUGACAACUCCGCAACGGCCAUUGAGCAGAUGAAGGCGGCGCACUGUGAAAUGGAGUGGCACUGCAUGGAUGCGACUGCCAUGAGCUUCCGGGAUCGCCACUUCGACGUCGUCAUCGAAAAAGGCUUGGUGGACUGCCUGCUUUGCAUGGAGGCGAAGGACUUGGAGUCGACCAAGUUUCUGAAGGAGGUGGUGCGGGUCCUGGCACUGGAGGGGCUCUUCUUCUGCAUCAGCUUCAGCCAAAGCCGCGGCUGGCGCUUCCAGGACCUCGAGCUGCGUGUCCUGGAGAUGCAGCCGCUACCUGCUGGUCGUGCAGGUCUCAACUUUUUGUACGUUUGCCAGAAGCACGGGGAGGAUAUCCUGGACAGGUGGCCGUGCGUGAGACGAGACUUGGAGCUGGGCCUCAGCAAGGAGGAGUACCGUCUGCUGGACCAGCCCGCCGCAGCCUGGGGAGCCGCAGCUGAAGCUGCUCCCGGGGAUGUGGUGGAGGUAGCUGAAGCCUUUGAGUCAGGCGAUGCCGCAGCAACGCUGCUUCCUGCUGGCCUGCGCGGCAUUGUGAAGUUCCGCGAUGAGGAUGGAGAUGCGCUCAUCAGAUUUCCCAGGUUGGAAGGUGUCGACUCCGUGGACCGCUUUGUCCUUCAAGGGGACAUUGCCAGGUUGCGCCUCCGCACUACGAUGUGACGCAAUGGCUCGGCAAAAAGCAAGAAAAUCGGCGAGCUGCGGCGGCGGAAACCGACAAUGCAAAUGGACCUGCUUCUCGGUGUUUCGACUGAACGAGCUUCGCA